UAGGAAUCGUGAAGAGUUCUUUAGAAAUUUCUUUUUGGCUAGAAUUGGUCUACGAGAAUUGGUGAGUGGCGUCGUUCCUUUCGAAAUUUGCGUUUGAUUAUGUAAUACCGAAGUGUUCUUUCUCAUGUAAGUCUCGUGUUCUGAUGUCGAACUUUUAGGUUUUACAACGAAUUUGAUUUGUAAAUUGAUGAUUCGUUGAUUUUUGUGGGUUUGGGUAGCUGAAAUUAGGAGGAAUCAAGGUGAAUUUUUUGAUUUUUGCCAAAUUGUUUUCAGCCGAGAUGGAAUCGACCUCUGGUGUUGUGCUGCAUCCAUUGGCGGCGGGAUCGCUCAGAUAUUUUCCAGGGACAUCCUCUGGUAAGGAGGGCAUGAAAGAAGAGGUUGUGCGACUAGGAGUUGAGCUCUCACUAUCUAUUGCUGAAUCCAUGUUCUUGCUGUCUGAUGACAUUUAUACUUUAUUAUGGUUCUGCUAUAAGUUAUGGAGAGAUGUAAUACCGUACCGGAAUCCCGUGUUAGAAAGGGUGCUUCGUGUUAUAUCAUUAUAUCUACUCAAAAGAUAUCAAACCGAGGAAUGGAGUGUAUCGUGAUGGUGGCAAUUCGUUCCAAUGGGAAUUGAUCAGAAACACAUGGAAGUAUUUUUCUGACGGAAUCAUAGUUUUACAUCGCCUGGAUAUGGUUCUCAGAAGAAUAGAUAGCUCCUUUGAUGACAGACUAUUAUCACCCGCUAUUAAAAAAUACAAGCAAGAAGUGCUGAAGAAGCUAGAGGAAAAAUUGAGGUCCGCAGAGGAUGUUUCAGAGGCGCAUGGGUUUGCCAGGGAGACGUUAGAGUCUAACAUUUUUGACUUGUGGAAAUCUCUAUUUGAUGAAGAACCAACACCCAGAGUGGUAAGGACUAGGAUUCUUAGCGACCUGUUUACACCUAUUUUGGGCAAACCAGUGCAUAGCGAGAUACAUGCACUCCCCGUAUGUUCUCCUUACAUUCUAGGGAAGGAUUUUGCAAUGCAGGAACUGAAAGAGGAGGUUGUGCGACUAGGAGUUGAGCUAUCACUAUAUAUAGCUGAAUCGAUGUUUUUGCUGUGUGAUAACAUUCGUAUGAUGUUACGGUUCUGCUAUAGACUAUGGAGGGAUGCAAAAAGGGACUUGAUUGGUGAUAGUCCCGUGGUGGAAAGGCUGCUCCGUGUUAUUCAUUAUGUCUACACAAAAGAUAUCAAACCGAAGAAUGGAGUGUAUCAGAAUGGUGGCAACAAUUCGGCCCAUUGGGGAUUGAUCAGUAGGACGAGUGAGAGUUUUGUCGCUGGAUUUAGAGAUCUGGAUAGCCUUGUCUUGUUUCUCAGAGCAGGAGAAAUAUGUGGACGAGAGUUUAUGUCUAGUAUUAAAGAAGAGGUGGAGAAGGUAGGGGAGAAGUUGUUGUUUGUGAAGGCUGUUUCUGAGGCGAAUGGGUUUGCGAGGGAUGUGAUGGAGUCAAACUUUUUGGACUUAUGGAAAUCUCUCUUUGACAAAGAAGCCAAGGAAGCAACACUGACUCUGAAAGCGAUAAAGAAUGGGAUCCUUCGUGACUUGUUUCUCCCUCUAUAUAACGAAGCACCAUAGCGAUUGCAGAGAACUCAAAACAAUCUCAUCUAACUUAAGUUACGUAUGCACACAUUUUUACUCAUUUAGUAAAUGUAUAUCUUUCAUUUUUACUUAUUUCAUCUUAAUUUCA